AUGGUUCCAGAGUAUGCUAAAGACCAGCCUGCUGGCUUCAUCAACCGCAUUGAAAGGGUUGCCAUUGUCGGAGCUGGAGGUAAUGUCGGCAAGCGCUUUGCCGAAGCCCUCCUCAAAACCGGAAAACACACCGUGACAGCGAUAACUCGCGAAGAGAGCACAAGCAAAUUCGUUGACGGCAUCAAGGUCGCUCGAGUAAACUAUGGUGACGAAGCUUCCAUCGUGUCGGCCCUCCAGGGCCAGCAGUUCCUCGUCAUUACUCUCGCCGCUCAAGGACCAUCAGACACGCACAGUAAGCUGGUGGCCGCAGCAGCGAAAGCAGGAAUCCCUUACGUGAUGCCCAACAACUACGGCGCAGAUGUUGAGAACCGGAAGCUGUGUGAGGAGAAUCUGCAGGGCUUGAGUUGUAUCCAGCGGAAUGCUGAGAUUGAAGCGACGGGCGUUUCCUCUUGGGUUAGUAUGGUCUGUGGGUUCUGGUACGAAUGGAGUCUUGGGCUUGGAGAGCCGUGUUAUGGUAUUGACAUCAAAACUAAGAAAGCUACUUUCUUCGAUGAUGGGAACACGAGGAUUAAUACCACUACCUGGGAGCAAUGUGGAACGGCUCUUGCUGGGCUGUUGAGCUUGAAGGAGUUGCCUGAAGAUGAGAACGACAAGUCGGCAACUGUCUCGAGCUGGAAGAACAAGCCAUUUUACAUUUCGAGUUUCUUGGUUAGCCAGAGGGAGAUGUUAGAUAGUGUUCAUCGAAUCAUGGGGACAACUGACGCGGAUUGGGAGAUCACGUUCGAAAAAAGCGACGAGAGGUAUGCGAAGGGCCUGGCAGACUUGAAACAGGGUCAGAGAUUGGGGUUUGCGAGAGCGAUGUAUUCACGGAACUUUUAUCCGAACGGGGAUGGGGAUUAUGAGUCCAGGAGGGGGUUGGAUAAUGAAAAGAUCGGAUUGCAGAAGGGUGACUUGGAUGCAGCGACAAAGAAAACCAUCGAGUUGGUAGGAACCGGCUGGAAUCCUUUCGGUGGGGUAAAUUGA